GAAAAAAAAAAGCCCCAUUACAAACCCAUUACAAACCUUCUUCAAUCUAUCUAUUUGAAUAGUUGAGUCCUUGCCUUUAAUUCUCCCUCUAUUACGAUCUUAAUUCGGCGUUGAAAAAUGUCUCCGGCACUCGUUUCCAAUACCUCAGCGAGGGACGUUAAGAAGGAGUCCGGCAUUGCUAGGUUACUCGGUUCUGGAUGUGCUGGUGUUGCGGAAUUGGCGGUUUUCCACCCUGUCGAUACCAUUGCGAAGCGGUUGAUGAGCAAUCAUGGAAAGAUCGCCUCUGUGUCACAAUUGAACACUGUCAUUUUUAAGGAAUAUUCCGCCGCUCCUCUCGGCCGCAAGUUUUUCUCGUUGUUCCCUGGAUUGGGGUAUGCUGCUGGGUAUAAGGUGUCGCAAAGAGUUUAUAAGUAUGGUGGUCAGCCUUUUGUGAGGGAUUACCUCUCCACACACCAUGGUGAGAAGUUUGACAGGGCUUUUGGAAGGGGGAGUGGAAAGGCUAUAUUGCAUGCCACCGCCGGAAGUUUGAUUGGCAUCGGAGAAAUUGUUCUUCUCCCUCUUGACGUACUCAAGAUCAAGCGCCAAACAAACCCAGAGGCAUUCAGAGGACGGGGUCUCUUCAAGAUAAUCUCCGACGAGGGAUUAGGUUUGUACAGAGGAUGGGGGUGGACCGCUGCCAGAAACGCCCCUGGAAGUUUUGCGCUCUUCGGUGGUAGUGCGUUCGCAAAGGAAAUGUUGGGACUCACCGACUACAAUGCCGCAACCUGGGGACAAAAUUUCAUCGCAUCCAUUGCCGGAGCGUCUGCGUCACUCGUCGUCUCUGCUCCUUUGGACGUCAUCAAGACUCGUAUCCAAAACAGGAACUUUGAAAACCCCGAGAGUGGCUUCCGGAUCGUCUCCAACAUGAUAAAGCAUGAGGGGCCUACCGCAUUCUUCAAGGGCCUCACUCCCAAGCUCUUGAUGACAGGGCCUAAGCUUGUAUUCUCUUUCUGGCUUGCUCAAACUUUGAUACCCGCUUUCGAUAGGCUCAUGUAAGGAGCAAAGAUUUGGCGUCACGAAACAUCAAGGUAAUAAUUUAUUUCAGCAAGGGCAUCCAACAAAGGGUACCCCCAUAGAUAUUUUAGGGUGUAUGCUUUCUAUUUUUAUCAUACCUUUUUCGCAGGAUAGAACGGACAGGUUGGGGCCGGAACGGAUGGGCGAGAAAAUCAAAUGCUCGAUUUUUCCAGUAUUUGGAUAGGCUUAUUCAUUAUUCUUUUUAGUUCCCUUUCCCCACGUUGCAUCUCCGCUCACUUUGCCUUCUCUCGUUCAUUAUUUUUCACUUCCAGGGGGGAUUAGCCAAUGUAUUGUAGACUACGAUAAGGUGGGACCUUCUUUAUUUUUUUCGUAUCCCGUGUAUGAUACCAUUGUUGUAUUCGAAAAGUACCUUUUAUC